CAAUCAUUGAUCUUCAGGACUUAGAACCGCAAAAAUACGGAAAAACAAGAUCAACUGUGGUGUCAUCGCCUCAGCUUAAUUUUUCCACAUGGAAAUGUCUUUGAUAAAAAUUCAAUAUGGUUUAUAAUACUUUGUUAUAGUGCCUCUAAUUUUUUUCGUUCUUAUUUCAGCCGAGUCAGAUAUAUUGAGCGUUUUCUCAACUUUAAGCUAGGCUAUUCUCGCAGCUAAACAGACUUUUCAUGCUAAAUCUGACGGAUGGAAGUCACUCCAAAACACGAGUAUUCAUCACCCUGCUGCCCAGAAGAGUCGACCCCCUCGGGAUACAGAGAAGAGAAAUGUUUUUCAAAGCUCAGCACUUCGCUGAGGGAAAGAUUGAAAAGAUCCAGACGCUCCUUUGUUUCUCCUGUCUCUGUGGCCAAACGCCUUUGUGUGGACGAUGCAGAGGAUGAAGGGCCACACAUGUCAGCAGACUCCAAGGAGGCUGUCAGGCAGCCUGCAGAAAUCCCACUCAAUGACAACAAAAGGGAAGCCCAGUCAGGCAGUGAGCAGACGCCUGAAGCUUUUUUACAGCACCUCAGGAAAGAAGUCAAAGAAAAAACAGAGACUCUACGUCGACUCAAGAUGGUAAAGAUGUACAGAAGCAAGAAUGAUUUAACCCAGCUUCAAACUUUGAUCGACAAGUGGAGGCGUUGCUCCCAGAACGCGCUGUAUGAACUCCAGUCAGAUGUCACUGUGGACGGACGAAGGGCGAAUCUGUCUGAGCUUAUAGACCUCUUUGGUUUGGACGAUCACUUUCUGCACUUUGACCGCCCGGAGGAGGACUUCACUACUUAACAUGUUUUUUUUUUUGUUUCUGUUUUUUUUUAUUUUACGACUUAAGUACCAGCAGAUUAAGUGGUUCUUAAUCACUUUAUUUGUUGCAGGUUCUUCACAGCAAAAGCACAUUUAAUGUACAGAGAACUUUUUGCUCAGUUAAGAAACAAAAAAAAAUGUUUCACUCAGCUGUAUUUCAGCUGAUAGACUGAAGUGAAGUUCUUCUUCGUUAGACGUUCAACUUCCGCUAAAAGGACUGUCAGUUCCUCAGCCUGAGCUUUGACUAGAGCCUUCAAGUUGCUUUUCACAGCAAGCUCCAGGUGCCGCUCUUUGGCUUUUGCUUGCUCUUGUUCAGGGCCUAAACAACCAAAAUAAAAGCAGAUAAAUAUUUAUGCUUGUCUGGGAUGACGGAAUCGGCGUUUGGCGAAUGUUUGUCGAUCAGAAACCAACCUGCAGCUUCAGAGACGUGUCUCAGCUGCGCCACGUCCACCCGUAUGUCAGGAAGCUGCAGCUCCAGAGUAGAAGUCUUUUUGCUUUUCACGUCAGCUUGUUUAUAAAGCUGCUCGAUUUCCUUCACACACUGCUGGAUGCACUGUUGAUGAGCCUGAAAAAGUAAACAGAGUUGUUCAUAAAAAAAGCAUAAAAAGGCUGGUUUAUCGUUGCUUUGUCACUUUUCAUGUCACCUCCGUCAUGAAAGCAAGGUUUUUCUCCAACAUGGACGCUUUCUGUGAAAUGCGAGUGCCUUGUUCUGACUCGCUGUAACGCUGGAAAUAAAAAAAGAGAAACGCAUUAAUUAAAAACAGUGUUUCAUACAUUUUUGCUUCUCCCUUCUUCUCAAAUGUUCAAUAAAGGCUUUUGAAACACA